UCGCGCGCGCGCCAGUCAUUCGGUCGUCGUCGUCGGUCGUCAACGACUCCACAGAAGAAAAGGAGAAGAAAGUUAAACUUUUCUCAUCAAUCAUAACAUCGUCGUGGUCAUGUUUUUGACGGUGGACGCGUCACUCGUUCCUCGCUCGACGUCCGAAUAUUAUUAUUGAAUAACGAUAACUGUAAUAAUAUUAUAUUGAUCAACAAGCGCUCGGGGCCGUUCAACAGAAACGGGCGAAACGGUUUUUAAAAAUCGUAACUAUUUGACGAUUUAUCGAUAAAAAAAAAAAAUAAAACCCGUACGCAAUUUCGCGAUCGGCUAACGCCGCCGAGUGUCGAUCGCCGUCGUCGUCCACUUCGCGGGAAAGUCGUAUUGCCGGCGAUUGCGCGUGGCGGCGCCGAUAACGGCCAACGGGCCGUGAUAUAAACGCGCACGCACCGCGUACGACGGUGGCGGUCGGUCGGACUACGCGAAAGGCGAGAAUCUCCUCAGACUUAUCACUACGAUAACGAUAUAAUAUAUAUAUAUAUAUAUAUGAGGAAUAAAAUAAACAACAGUAAUAAUAAUAUUUACGGUGCAUAAUGUUAUGAUCUCAUCGCCGUGGCAAGACGUACACCUAUUGACUAGCAACACCGCGCCGCAAGCACCUCCCUAGAACGCACGUAGGUAGUCGUCUCUCGCGUGUUCGUUCGUUCGGUCGACGUCAUGACGUGCCAUCGUCACCACCGCCGAUGCGACGAUAGAUGAAAAACGCCAUCGGCCGUUGCGAUUUACAGCAGCCGACGACCAAACAUGGAAGCGGUGGCCCAAUUCGAUUACGCAGCACGCGAACCCGACGAAUUGACGUUAAAGAAGGGAGACGUCAUCACCGACGUCAAACCCAUGCCCGACGGAUGGAUGGAAGGACACAAGGAUGGCAAGAAAGGAAUGUUUCCUGACAACUUUGUUAAGAUUGUUCAUACUUCGGCUGGCGUCGUUUUGAGAAAAAAAAAUACAAGAAAGUGUAAGGUAUUGUUUAGUUACAAACCUGCAAACAGAGAUGAACUGGAGUUGAACAUAGACGAUGUAAUCGAAGUUCUUGGCGAAGUAGAGGAAGGUUGGUGGAAAGGAGAACUUAGAAAUGAAAUUGGUGUAUUUCCGUCUAACUAUGUUACUGAAAUAUCAGACACUAAGAGUAUCAGUAGAAGUGACUCCAAAACUUCUACUGGAUCCCUUAAUAAAGAAGAAAACAUUAAGAAAGAAAAAUCUGUUGUGGAACCAAUCAAAACCGCUGAUAAUAAUAUAGAAUCUAACGCUCCAGUUCUACCUCCAAAACCAGCUAAAGAAAUUUGUGUUGCACUCUUCCCUUACGAAGCCGUUAAUAGUGAUGAACUGUCGUUAGCUGAAGGUGAUAUAGUUACUAUUUUAUCACGUGAAGUUGAAGACAAAGGCUGGUGGAAAGGAGAGCUUAAAGGAAAAAUUGGUGUAUUUCCUGACAAUUUUGUUCAAAUAAUGAAUCAGGAUGAGUUGGCAACUAAAUCGGAAAAAACUGUGAAUAGUCCACGUAGCGGUACAACUGCUUCAUUACGUAAAGUUUUUCAGAGCCAAAUGGAAAACAAAUCUUUGGGACCAGUGGUGAGCAAAAAACCAGCUCUACCACCACCACCACCUACAACCAAAAAACCACCCUCCGCCAAAACUUCAACGUCUUCCUUGUCAAAAACUAUUAGUGGUAUUAAAUCUAUGUUGAAUUCUGAACAAAAUUCUACGGAUAAGACGAAACACAUAACAUCUGAAAUUGGUGAUUCUAAACAAUACGGCUCUAUAGCUGUUAAACGUUCAGAAUCUGUGGGUUCUAUGAAGAAAUCGUCUGAUUCACCAGAUGGAUCAAGUAUGAGUAGAUCAAUCUACCAUGUUACGCCAGAAUCGUCUCCUACAUCAUUAGUGUUCACAAAUCAUGAUAAUAGUUCUCCUGAGCCCAAGAGUCCUGAUUUUGAUCAAAUCGAAAGAACUGCCAUGCUUAGUCACCCAACCGCAUCUCGAGCUAAAGCACCUAGAAGAAGACCACCGUCUGCAGCUUUUAAUGUUCCCAGUGAGGAUGAUCCAUCAUUGGAUCCUCCACCAAUAAAUGGUAUACCUGGUGUGGAUAAAGAAAAAGCCCCGUGGGUUCAAGAAUUGAAGAUGAAUCAGGCAAAGAAAUCAUCAAUCACUAAUUCUGUGAUAGGUGGCGGUAGAACUCGAGUGAUGAUCAAUCCAUCUACAACCACUAUAACAUCAGAGAGUUCAGAAACCACAACAGUUACAUCCAGAUCAGGAUUGACUGCAGUAGGCUUGGGUGGUGUUGUUUUUAAGCCUCCUGGUUAUGUACCACCUCUUACAACACCUGAAUCAGUAACAGUUACCACACCAACUAGUCCUGUUGUACCUAUAACAGCUGAUUUUAAUCUGUCGACACCAUCAAUAGAGGGAAAUUUAAUAACAGUGUUAAAUGAAAAGGUCAAACAAUUGGAAUCCACCGUUCAACUGCAAAACAGUUUACUUGACAAAUUGUCGACAAAGUUGGAAGUGGAGAUUGCAAAACGUAUAGAGAUUGAGAAGGAAAUGAAAAAAAUUAUGGAACUCGUUACAAGAGUAUGAUUUGGAUAACAGUAUUUCCAUAUAAAUUAAUAGUUAUAAUAAUGAAAAGAUAAUCAAACAAGUACUUAAGACCAUUACCAAUUUGUUGUUUAUAAUUUAUUUAUUUAACAUGUAACUUUGCAUUGAAUAUCAUUAUUAUGUUUAGUGUAUGUACAUUUUUAAUCAAUUAGUAUUGAUAUUUGAAAUGUAUUCUAAGAGUCAAUGCCAGAACUCUAAUCUCAAUUCUGUGUUUUGUCUCUUAAAAAAUUAGUAUUAAUUAUUAUCUUUUGUGUAAACCUAUACACAUUAAACCCAUGUCCCUUGCAUAUAAUUUAUUUAUCUUUUAUUCUUCUAGUCCUUAGAGUCAAAUUUUUCAUCAUCUUUGUUAGCAUUUUUAAUUAAGUAUUAUUGUAUUUUAAUCAUUCCUUGAAUUUUAGUUCAUUUUGAACACCAAAUGUGAUAAAUAGUGGCAUUUCAGACAGUUAAUAGUUAAUUCAGUUUUCACACUUUACCUCUUAGUUCUAAAAAAAAAAAACACUUAAAAACAAAAUUCUAAAUUAUUGGGUAAUCAAUUCAAUUUGUAUUCUAUUUUAAUAUCUUGAAACAAGCACACAAAUAUAAGUUAAAUUUUCAGUUGUACAGGUGCCACCCAAGUUUAUUUUCUAAACAAAUUUUUAAGUGAUUUUUAGGUUUACUUAUUUUUAACAUUCCUUAGGGUUACA